UCAAUAUAUGAACAAAAAUAAUAGCAAUACUUUGAAUGAAAUCAUAUGUUGUGUAUAUAUUCAUUGAAUAACACUCGAUUACGAGCCGAUACAAUGAAAGCCUAAAGUAUAGAACAAAAAAAAAAGUCGUCGACAAUACAUAGAAAUCUGUUGAUAUAGGUUAUAUUUUCUUUUGACAUUUAAAUUUUGAAAUCGAGAAAUAAAAAGCCAAUACGAACAUGAAUAAAAUGGGUGAGGGUGACAUCCUGACACAUUCUAUUCUAUUGCUAUAAUCGUUGUCGUUCGCCAUAUAGAGAUCGGAUCGUGUUGUCAUCGUCUCGUUGUUGUUUGUUAAUAUUUCUCUCCUUUCUUGCGUUUAUUUUUUUUUCUGCUCCCUAUUCAUUUUCUCUCUCUCUCUCCCUCUCUUUGUUUCUCUUUCUCUCUAAAAUAAGAAUAACGGCAGUAGUAAUAGCAGCAUAAAGCGGUCUGCAAUUCCUAGUUGACAGAACGGAACGGUGAUUAUUUACAACUCAACAUUUAUAUUAAAGAUAUUUUUUUCCAAUUAAAUAUGAGUGAAUUAAACACUAGCCGACAUUACUGGUCAUGGAGGAGUUGUUUUGCAACAGUAAAAUAUAAUAAAAAAAAAUCAAAGAAACAACAAAAUCAUCAAUCAAAGUAAGUAACUUUUAACGAUACAUUUUUCUUCUUUUUUUUUGACAAAGUCAAUAUAGAUAAGCUGAAAAAAUAUCUCAUAUUUUCAUAGUUUAAGCUUUUUAUAUGUAUAUAUAUAUAUUAUUUUUUAUAGUCUACAAACUUUUUUAAAUGGUCAUACACAUAAUAAACAUUUACAAACAGUUGAGAAAAAUGCAAAUAUUUUAUCUGAUUUUAAUUUAUCAUUAGAAAAUACAAAAUUAAAUGAAUAUAAUCAAAAUUUAAUAUCAAAUGAUGAUGCUGUAAAAAACGAAAUGUCAUCAAAUGACAACGAAAAUAACUCUAGUAAUGAUGACAACAUGCAACAAGUAGUUGAUACUAUUAAUUUGAAAAUGGUGAAUAAAAAGUCAUCAUCAUCAGUAGCAAGAUCAACACAAUUAGAUGCUAUCGUAGAAGAUUCAAGUGAAGAAAAUGCCGAUGAAUUUGAUGAACCAAUACAAUCUACCAGAUUAUGUAAUGAACACGAAUUAGUUAAUGAUUUGAAUAUUCUUCAUUCUCGUUUAUAUGAUUUAAGUAAAAUGAAUCAUAUUAUAAUACUAUUUAAUGAUAAUGGUUAUUUCCUCGGUGAAUUUAUGAAUCAAUUAAAUAAAUUAAAGCUAAAGAUUGAUGAUGUUAAACGUACUAGUAAUGAAAUGCCACGAGAUAGUGAAUUACUUGAAGCAAAAUAUUCAACGUUAUUAGCUACUGUUGAAUGUCUUUCAUUAUUACUAAAAAUUGCUCAAAUUACAUCAUCCCGUUCUUUUAUCAAUCGCCUUAUAUCUUCUAUCGAACAACGCAUAGAACAACUAAAUAAACUUGUUCAAUUGUCAUCGUCGAUUAACACACGUCAAAAACAAUUAGAUCUAAUUGAUGAUGACUUGAUAUCGUUUCGUAGUGCAUUUUCAUCAUAUGAACAUCUUUUAACAAUACCAUCCUGA